AGCGCUCGAUCAUCAAAAAUUAGUAUAUAUAGAGGAUACAAUGACCAUUUGCCAUACAGUUUCUCGAAAAUGUUACGUUCUUUAUAUCUAAUCGGAUUUCUGACUGUGCUUUGGGUGGCUGCUCAGGAUAUCGUUCCCGAUGAUCCGGAAGUGCAGAUGCAAAUGCAUUCCAUGUUCUACACGGCUCGUGUUGCCUGUGCGGGGGAAAAUAUGAUUCCAUAUGGUGAGCUGACUAUCAAAAUGUUUUCCGUGUUGGCUAAAACUUGUGUUAUCUUUGCGCUUAUGAGCCCGAUCUUUGCCAAGGCAUUGCAGGAUCAAGCCAAGGAUAAUGGCGAUAUUUUCAUUAUAAACUAUGAUAGCUUUGAUGGUGAUGUCGAUGACAUAUCUACGACCACUCCAGCUCCAAGAGAAGCUGACUAUGUAGAUUUUGAAGAGGUUAAUCGGAACUGCAAUUCUAGUUUUAUAACGACUACCUCCAAUGUAUUGCAGUUUAAUAGCACAGGUGAUUUGCCAGAGGACAAGGACAAAGUAACCAGCAUGUGUUAUUUCAACUGUUUUUUCGAAAAGUCUGGCUUAAUGACGGACUAUAAGCUAAAUACGGAUUUGAUUCGCAAAUAUGUUUGGCCAGCUACCGGCGAUUCCAUCGAAGCUUGCGAGACCGAAGGCAAGGAUGAGACGAAUGCAUGCAUGCGUGGCUAUGCCAUUGUCAAGUGCGUCUUUAUCAGAGCUCUGACAGAUGCAAGGAACAAGCCCACCGUUUGAAUAUCAGCAAAAUCCAUAUUAGGACUAAUUAAUAGGAAAUUAUAAUAUUACUAUUACAAAACAAAAUAUUACUACGAAGAACACCUAUUUGGCUAUAAACCACACGCACAAGCAA